GAUAAAUCCUCUAUUAUAAAAGCACGACCAUCAUCGGUUAUUGGCAUCAGUUUCGCAUAAGCCAACAAAAUGUUUCCAUUAUCUUUAGUUUGUGCCCUAAUUCUCGCUCUCUCAGUAGUUGCUGAACCCCCAAGGAGGUUCAACUCGAGAUUUUCCAGGCAGUUUGAACGAUUAGAAGGCGAUUCCGCACCUUACCCACCGUCAGGCUGGAGACCCUCGGGAGCGCAGUUCAACCUCCCUGAGCCUCAAUCUUCCUAUGGCCCUCCUUCCCAAGAAUACGGACCUCCUGAAGUAACCACGACAAUUGAACCGGAAGUGACUACUACAGAAUUGCCUACCACCACUGAAUCUGUUGACGCAGAUACAGAAGAUGUUGGAUCAGGAAACAAUGCAGGUCCGAACGAAGCAUUAACGAAUGGAGAUCGUGGAUUUUAUUACGUUUAUCAUCCAAGUGGAUUGCUGCAGAAGGUUCAUUUUGAUACUACAGAUGAUGCCAGCAAAAUGGAGUUCAGUGCGAGACUUAGGUAUGAGAACGUUGAACCGAUAAGUGGACCCAUUUACACUUAUGAUCCUCUGACCUAUACCUUGCAGAGACUGUGA